AUGGCUACACUUUCUCCCACGCCCUCGUAUGGGCGCAUGCGUGCGCAUUCCUCAAUACGACCCAGGAGAGACUCUCCGCUAUCCGUACUGGGGCAGUCGCAGGGCUUCUCAGCGGAUGCGCCCAUGAUGCAGAACAUCAACAUUGGCGACAGUUCCGAUGAUGAGAUACCACAACCAAUGAAGCUCAGCGCUUUGACGACGGCACUUCUUGCGCAAGGCAGUGACGUCGAUUCGCCUGAGAAGAGGAAACCCAAGCUGAAGAUAUCGCGCAAUGCCUCUGGCUCCAACACGCCAGUGCAGGAUACCGUCACACCUGCACCAAGUUUGCGAAUAAAGCGAGUGCCACUGCGAGGUGCGCCCAUGAGACGGUUUCGGAGGACGCCCCAGAGCGAGGAGGAACACCAUCCCUCUCAAGACCAGGAGAACAUGCCCAUCUCCGCGGUCAAGUCGCAGCCUGAGAACGUCCCGGAUUCCGUCCUGAAGGUCACCGGUUCUGUCAUGAAGGUUGCAGAGGAUCGCCAUAUGCAACCACAACCAGAGCACCAAUCACCGAUACAACGAUCUUCGCAGCAACAAGAAAAGCAGAUGCCGCUCCAGGCGCUGAGUGCGAACACUCCACGACGACCGGCACCUCCGCCGCCGCCGAAGAUGUCAGUGUUGGAGACGGCGACUACUGCUGCUGGAGCAGCCACAACGAAGACGAGAGAAAGAAAGAAGAGGAGCACACUAUCAGUCAAUGGAAAGCAUUACUCGCAAAUGGACAGGAUAGGAAGAGGAGGCAGUUCGGCCGUGUACCGCGUCAUGGCAGAGAAUUUCAAGCUUUUGGCGCUGAAGAGAGUCAAGCUUGAGGAUGCAGACGAAGCCACUGUACGGGGCUUCAAGGGCGAGAUCGACCUUCUACAGAAGCUGAAGAACGUUGACCGCGUUGUGCGACUAUACGAUUGGGAGGUCGAUGAGCAACGUCAAGUGCUGAGUGUGCUUAUGGAACUCGGAGAAUCUGACCUCGCCCGUAUAAUACGAAUGAAGCUCGAUCCCGCCGACGGAGACGGCAAACUAGACCUAAGCUUCACACGCUACUACUGGAAAGAAAUGCUCGAAUGCGUCGGCGCAGUCCACGACCACGACAUUGUCCACUCUGACCUAAAACCCGCGAACUUUCUCCUCACCUCUGGCCGCUUAAAGCUCAUCGACUUCGGCAUUGCCAACGCCAUCGAAGUCGACCACACCGUAAACGUGCACCGCGACUCGCACAUCGGUACCCCAAACUACAUGUCUCCAGAGUCGCUCGAAGACUCAGCCGGUGGCGCCCGAGGCCUGCUCUCCAACGGCAACGGCUCCAAGGACAUGGCGCUCGGCAAACCCUCGGACGUCUGGAGUCUAGGCUGCAUCCUCUACCAAAUGGUCUACGGCCGCCCUCCCUUCGCACACAUCACCAACCAAAUGGCGCGUGUCCUCGCCAUUGUAAACCGCGACUACAAGAUCGAAAUCCCCGACCUCGGUGUCGGCGAUGUCCGCGUCCCUCCCGGCCUCAAAGCUACGCUCCGUCGCUGCUUGCAACGCGAUGCCUCGCGCCGACCAAACGUAGCCCAACUCCUCGACGAGCGAGAUCCUUUCCUCUACCCCGACGGCGGAGAAGACCUGAGAAUACCACAGGAGUUGCUCGGCCAGAUUAUCCAACGGGUCGCAGAUCGGUUUAGAGAUCCGAAUAAGAGCCCGCCCACCGACGAUGAGAUUCGUCAGUAUCCAGCGAGUUUCUACGAGAAGAUUAGACAGUUGCUGGAAAGCGAUUGA